AUGUCCGCCGCUUGCAUUGCUCAAGCGUGGACUCCCCCUAUCAACAUCAUGGUGAACGGGCCAUUUGAUGCUCAGCUGCAUACUUACUGUGUCCUUUCUAUCUCUCCCCACCGUUCCACCACCCAUUUCCUAUCUACAGAACGAUUGCUUUCCCGCUAUGCCAUUGCCUUUAUUUCAUCCUUCUGCCAGUGUUCACCAUCAUCUUCGUCAUCACCUCUCUCUUCUAGGCCCUUUGUCGAGAUCUUGGAUGACUUGGACUCGGACUUGGACGUUCCUUUGGGGAGGGGAGGGACAUUGCUUAACACCCAAUUCGCAUCAGCUCAGCAUGGAAUUCUCGUUGGGUCUAAGACUCCCCCGGAUUCUCACGUGGAUCGUAGUGCUCAGUCUCUAAGGGAACCCUGGGAUCCUGGAUUUCAACGAGUGACUGCACAUUCGGUUCCCGGUCUUCGAUCUUGCAUGGAAAUGGGUUGUAGUUUCCAACCUUUGAUGAAUCCUCGGGAAGGCAUUUAUCGCCUUCGCCUAUUUGGGAAUUGGACUACGAGCUCUGAAGGCGACGAUGACGACGGUUAUGAUGACCACCACGACUAUGUCGACGACGUCAAGGUCCGAUAUAUCGCUUCCUCCAACGGCGCCCCUCACGACCUUCGAAAACCCCGUGUUGGACCUUUGAGCCUGAGGAUUUGUAUCUCCAUUGGCAAGGACCAUCUGACGUCAAAUCGAGACUCGAGCCCUGGGGCUGGCAGCAUCCAUUCCCUCUUCUCCUCUUCACCGUACCACGAAGUCCUACCACACUCACACAGUGCCACUAUGCCCGUCUACGCCAUCUUCAAGUGGUCAGGUGUCCCCGACGAAGUUCAAGCUUCCUAG